AUGAUCACCUCAAGGGAUGUGAUUAAGGUGUCUGCGAGGUUCGAUGGCUAUUUGGAGAACACUCACCGUGAUCGUCACAUGCAGGUUUGA